CACCGGGGCCCCCCUUCUCAUUGGAAAAUCUCUGUUGUUAGUAGAAAUUUUAUUGAAUUUCUCACUAACAAUGGAGAAAAACUCGAAAAAACCAGCGGUUUUGUUAACCGAAGCAGAAGAAGUCGAAAAAGUUUUCGAGAAAUUCGAUACAAAUGGAGAUCACAAAAUCUCCUUAUCCGAACUCGGUGAAAUUAUGAAAGCGCUCGGCUCAAAAACUGAAGAGGAGGAAUUGAAGCACAUAAUGUCGGAAUUAGACACCGAUGGUGAUGGUUCAAUCGAUAUUAACGAGUUUAAGGCGUUCUACUGUGGCAGUGGCGACAAUGAGUUGAAGGAGGCGUUUGAUUUGUACGACAAGGACAAGAAUGGGAAGAUUUCGGCGAGUGAGUUGCACUCGGUACUCAAGGGUCUCGGUGAGAAGUGUAGCCUCAAGGACUGCCGGCGUAUGAUCAGCUCUGUCGAUGUUGACGGCGAUGGUUGCGUUAACUUCGAAGAAUUCAAGAAGAUGAUGAGUAGGCCUUCAUCGUAGUAUGUAACUCUUAGAAUUUCUGAAUUCUGACUUCCACUUUUCUGUUCUAUUGCAAUUUAAGUAACUUUCAGAUGGUCUAAUUAGGGUUUAAUAACCGAAUUUGUAUAUUCACAAUAACAGUCCAUCUUCUAAUAUGUUGUUCUAUUUUCACUGGUUAUGGAAGGAAAAUUGUGAAUUACUCCUAAAA